CGUUUCUUGUUCAUACAGAUUUUCAGAGUGCCAAUAAUUAAUUUGCUAGUCUAGUUUUAAUAUAUAUGCUUUUCAUUUAUAGCUUAUAUCUGAUAUUUAAUCUAUCAAUAUGGAAGAACUUGAUGAUUAUUGCGGAACUUGGAGGAUUGUAAAAUGUUUAGCUUUGCCUCAUAGUUCUGAAUCUACUGGAAUUGAAGGGACAGAAUUUACACUUGAUGAAAGUGGAGAUGUAACUUGGAAUGUACCCGAAAAUACUGAACCUAUGCCUUUUUUUAAUUGUGAGACUUAUGAACUCUAUUCUAGUAAUCCACAUUAUUUAAGGUUUUUUGGAACAUUUGUUGGUCAUGUCAUGGAAUUUCAGGUUGAUCGGCCAAAAGAUGAUACAAUCCAACUUACUUAUGAAGGUUGGUGUAUAUUGCAAUGCGAAAGGGUUUUAAAUGCAAACUCCAAACAAUUCCAAUCAACUCCAUAUUCAUUUUUGUGUGCCUUAGUAGAAGGUUAUUUCUCGGAUCUUACCAUUUGUGCAAGCAAUGGGAAAGAGUUCAAGGUUCAUAAAACUAUUCUGAAACUUGGUAAUUCAGCCAUUGAUUGGGAUACAUCACCAUGCCCACUGUCAAACUUACCUGAAGAUGUUUUAUAUGCUAUUUUGCAUUAUCUUUAUUCGGAAUGCCUACCAGAUCCUCUUGAUGAUGAAACGGCUAAAAGUUGUGUAGCUGCUACUAAUGAUCUGCCUGGUUUUGAAGGAUUUAAAGAAUUAUGCCAGUUGUACCUUAAAAAUAAUGCUCUAUUAGAUCAAAUUUUAACAUUAGUAGAAGAGAUACAUUCAAGUGGUGAUCGCAUAAUUGAUUUCUUUAGUGGAAAAAGUGAUGCACUUUCAUGUUCUUCAACAUCUAGUGACUCCGAUGAUGAUGUAAAUUUUGCCAAUGAUCCUUCCAUAUUGCGUUACAUUAUUAUCCAAGCAUUGAGAGAGAGUGCUGUUGUUGGAGCAAAAAUUCUUGUUUUAUGUGACAUUUUUUCAAAAAGAAAAAAUGAAUUGUGUCGUGCUGAACGGCAUGAGCUAAUUGAAUACCUCAAAACUAGAUUACCAGACUUUAUGAAACAAUUACACAGGUUUUUAGAAGUCAUUGAAAUUUCUCUUGGUAACUUAACACCUGUUCAGCGAAUGGAUAUAGCAUCCUAUUUUGUUUCAGAUAUUGAGCAUGUCUUAGAUGUGGUAUUUGUAUUUAUUACUGAAAUCAAGACAGCAUUGGAACAAAUUAUUAAUGCUUCAAGUACUAAGAAGGAUAAAAAUUACUCUAAUUUUGGUGAUAAAUGGAAACAAAAUGUUGGUCAUGCUUUAGGAAAAUCUUUAAAGAAUGCUCUUCAUAUGAGAGAACUAAUGAAACUAAGAAGCUUUCAUGAAAGAGUUUUAUCUACUUUUAUGAACCUUAUGCACAAAAAGGAAGUGUUCACUGAUAUGAGUUCUGUUAAUAAAACUCGAUCCCUAGCAAAUAAUUUAGAAUGGUUCAUUGUAGAAAUACCAAUGUUCAUGUUAAGAACAAAAGAAUUAACUGCAGCCUUAGAUGAAAAACUUACAUUUAAAGAAUGGAAAUAUUGGUUCAAGUUGGGAACUUCUAAAGUGGCUUGGGUGCUGAAUCGAUUGGCUUGUCAUCGAGAAACCCUAGAUUCCCUUAUUCGCCAAAUAGAUCGCUUGGUUGAAUCUGAACAGUUUACCCGCUGUUUGGUUCAACUUAGUCUGCUGGAUCCUCCACCUUCAGCAGCAGCAACAGCUGCUUCCUGUGUCAAAACACAGCUUCAAACUAAUGGCCCUAAGCAUACUGAAAUUAAGUCUUUCCAUGAAUCUCCAGUUGCAUCAGAGAGUAAAUUGGCAAAAAAGGCUGUUUCCUUCUUGAAAAAGUGUGUCGAUACUGAUAUGAGUUUUGAGAUAGUUACAACAUCUCAAGAUGCUUCUGAAAGUGCAUCAAGUCCGAAAGGUGCAUAUGCACCAGCAGUUGAUGGUGAAAUGGAGUAUAUAACAAUAAAAGCACAUUGUAUAGUAAUAGCUUCACGCUGUGAUUGGUUUCGAAAAGCACUUCUCAGUGGUAUGAAGGAAUCGAUUCAUAAACGAAUUGUCAUUCAUGAUACUACUCCACAAUUAUUUUUAAUUUUUCUUGAGUACCUUUAUGGAGGACAAGUUGACACAGGACAGUUAUCUACAGAACAGCUAGCUGAUCUUAUGCAACUAUCAGAUAGGUAUGAGGUUGAUUGUCUGAAGCAAAUAUCAGAAGAUGCUCUCAAAAAUCUUAUUGAUGAAGAUUCAGCAUUAUUUCUUCUUGGUAUUGCAGAUCAAUUUAAUGCUAGGGCAUUAAGGACUGCAGCUUUGGAAUUCAUAGCUUUGAACAAAGAUAUAAUCAAAAGUGAAGUUUUUUAUGACCUACCAGAAGAUCUGCAAUCAGAAGUAGAAGAAAUGAUUACUUGGGUUGAAUUAAGAAAUUCUCAACGGAGUGAAGAGCUUUCAGGACCUAAAUUUCUUAACCAUGACAGCCCCAGUUCUAUGUCAUCAAGUUUAUUAGACAUUGAAGAAUUAUUUUCAGCUGUUAAUAUCUCAGGAAAUGAAGAAGAGCAGGCAUCUGAUUCCAGUUCUCUUGAAGAUCUUCCUUUGACGCAGGACUCAGCACAACUUGAAGCAUGUGUUGCUCAGCUCAGGGACAUAGUUGGUGAAUCAGUUCCUCGAGAGGAGCUUGUGCGAGUAUCUUUAGCAGCUGAUUAUGAUGUUAAUAGAGCUUUGAAUUUCUUUUUCUCUCGAUUUACCUAGCUGUUGAUCUGUUAUGCAAGUUAUUUGGCAUAAUUCAGAGUUUCAAUUAUUCCCUUUUAAGAAUGUGAGUACUUGACUUAAUGAAGUUGUGGCUUUACUUAGCCCUUGCGAGAGGAAAAUAUUAAGCUGGAUUUGUAGGUCCUCAUGAUGUGACUAACAUGCCGAAUUUGAGUGCAAUUUAUAUGUUUACUUUUAAAAUAUGAUUUAUGUGUGUAUGAUGUCAGUCCGAAGAAAAUUUUGUGUUAAAGCUGUCUCCUGGUGAGAUCUCCUUUUGUUAUAUUUUACACUUUUCUAUUACUUCUUUAAUAAAUACGAUGAACAUCAGAAAUCAAAAUCAAAAGAGUUUGAUGUCACUUUUGUUGAUAUUGAUGUUUCUGUCUACUUGUGAAUAAUUGUGCUGUUUUGUUUGUGUCAUUUUUUGAAUGAAAUUCUUUUGUCAAACCAAAUGUGUAAUAGCAAUAUUUGUAAUUUAUAUAUGUAAUAAUGAAUGAAGAAAACUUUUCUUGUUUUAUAAACUGUGAAACCUUGUGUUCCCUACUGUCCAAGAUCAUUGUUACUGUAUUUUUUAAUUGCUAUUGUUGCAUGUUUCUUGGGGGGGAAAUGCAGGAAACAUAUUACCCCUGAAAGUAAUUAGUAAGGUUGACUGAAAGGAACUUCAUUUGCCUUUUCAGAAAAUUCACCGAAAUUGAUUGCAGAGUUUAACCUUUUUAUUUUCAAGUCAGGUUAAAUUCUGAAGGCUACAUAUUACUUUUUGUGCUGGUGAGAAGUUACAAUGCAAUUUAUUGUAACAUAAAUACAUAGUUAAAAUUCAUUUUCAAAAUUAUUUUUAAUAAACUGAUAUGUAGCACUUUCAUAUUGGACUAUAGUAUAAAAAAUUUGUUUCAUGAAGAUGAUGUUUCUGACCCUAUAUCAUGAUGUAUGUUUAAAUUCAUUAUGAUUUAAUUUAUUAAAUAAUUUUAUAAAGUUUCCUCUAACCAAUUGAGCAGUCUGAUAAACUAACAGAAAUUCUUCAUUGCAACUUUAAUAAAUAUACAUAUAUGUACAUAUUUUCAGAUGUUCUUAAUGUUUAACAAUAAUGAUGGAAGUGUUAAUUUUCUUGCUAGCUAUCUUGCUGAUAUUUUUAAAAAAUUUCAUUUUAGGAAUUCCGUGUUCUAAAAUAAGAACUAAACAUUUGAUUUGAAAGCAUGCAGCCAGAGAAUGUUAUUACAUAUGGACAAUCAUAGUUACUUGUAUUUCUGAAAGCAAAGCAAGAUAUUUGUGUAUUGAUAAGAAAUAUUAAUAAUCAUAUAUAUAUAUACAUAUAAAGUUCCCUUUACAGAAUAAAUCAGCAACUGCUCUAACUUUAAAUCCCUCUUGUUGAUACACAAAUAUCGGAUAGUUUUCUAUGUCAAAAUUAUCUAAUGUUUCCAUGAGAAAAGAAGUGCUAAAUAAUGAGAUUUUUUCUCAAAUAUAGCAUUUUUAAAACAAUGUGAUCAAUACUAAAUCUCUGUAAAUAAAUCUGUUUAAGACGUGUUCAUGUGUAAUUGUGAAACGUAACAAAUCUUUAGUUUAUAUUUUUAAAAUUUCCCUGGUGUUUCAUUUUAUUUUAUUUAUUGGAAAUCUCAUUCAUAUGCUUACUCAAAUGUUUUUUUUAUAUACGAAAAAAUUCAUUGAAGAAUUUUCUGAUAACUUUUCCCAAUGGUAGCACAUAUAUAUCUAGCUUUAAUCCAUUGCUUUGUAGCAUUGAAUAGACAGCGUUGUGUAUUUUUUGCUGAAAGAUUUAAUGAAAAAAAAUUUUAAAUCUGAUAUUGAAAAACAAAUUUGAUAAAUUUAAUUUGAUUUAAAUUCUUUAAAAGUAAAUUUAAUGAUUAAUCAAAAAUUUAUAUUUUACCAGCAAAAAGUUACCGGCAAAUAUCUUCUGUUAUCUGACAUAUCCUACAGUUAAAAUAAAUCAUACAAAUAUUUGUUAUAUAAUAAUUACAACUUUUCUUAAAUUAUUUUUUAAACUUUUUUCAUUUUAAUUAAAUUUACUAAUACAUCAGAAAAUCGGGAAUUUAAUAACGAUAAAAUUUGGAAUUUAUUCAUAAUUGUUUCUGUUUUCUAUAUUUCUUCAUGUGUAGUCAGUUUUUGUUAACUGUACUUUCUAUAUAAAAGUUCAGCUAUAUUUAUUAUACAUAUGUUAUUAGUUGUUAACUCUUUAAUAUGAUAACUUUUUCUGUAAUAAUAAUGAUACAUUUUUCUGUAAUUUUAAUAUAAAUAUUUAUUCCUCCAUAUAAUAAUUUAUUUGCUAAUAUUUUUUUAUCGUUUUCUUUGCAAAAGAUGAAAAUCAUGAAGCAGUCUGAAAAGCUUUUUUUAUAUCCAUGUGCAUUAUAAAACAUAUAUUUUAAUCAUUGCUGUGUUACCUCUCAAGCCUCAUAUUUUCCAUAUAUAUCUUUAUAUUUUCCUUUAUAGUAAUUUUAUUUUAUCAUAAAUGAAUAUAAAUUUUGAGAUAUCUGUAUUCAUUUAAAUAUCAAGCUUGGUUUUACUUGUUAAUUGCUUAAAACUAGUAAUGAGUGUCUUCCUUUUUUUUUUUUUUUUUUUCAUUAAUAAGAAAAUUUAGUUGUAAUCAAGCGAAGAAAAAUUCAUAUAUCUACAAAAAUUAUUUUUAUGUACUUUCUUUGUUGUCUUUACAUGUUUUAUUUAUUAUAUUUUUUAUCUAAUGAAAUCUAUUAUCUAAGAGAAUUUUGCCUCAUAUUAUUGAUAUCUUUUCUGCGAUUCACAAAUGCAAACUUGUAAAUUAUUCCUCUAUUUAAAUUUUGACAUUGACAUUUUUGAAUACCCCCCCCCCAUCCC